AGGAGGUGUAGGAGUUGGUUCAGAAAUAUCCUGGCUAAGCAUCAUUUCAUGGAACGGAUGCUCUGACAGAAACAGCAGCGUAUGUGUGUGUGUGUCAGUGAGUGAUCCUCAGCAUUUCUCCAGGGAUACGCAUCCACACUUCUUUCAGCUGCUAGACUUAAUGCUCUGAUUAGGCGAAAGUGAGGAGUGCAGAUGCUGGAGAUCCCAGAGUCAUGCUGGAAAAGCACAGCAGGUCAGGCAGCAUCCGAGGAGCAGGAGAACCGACGUUUCGGGUAAAAGCCCUCCAUCAGGGAUGAUGCUCUGAAUGAGAAAUGAGCCAAGCGCCUUCAUCAACACCCAGUACACCUGUCAGGCCACUUUCAGGGAGCUAUGUACCUGCACCCCAAGGUCCCGGUUUGACGACUCUCCCCAGGACCUCCACCUUUAAUCGUGCCGAGGAACACGAGAACCAAAAUCCAGACUGACGUUCCCUGGUGCAGUGCCAAAGGACCGCGACAUUGACUGAAGGCACCACCCCGUCCUGCCCUCUCCAGUGGGCGCAAAAGGGAACCCGCUGGCCUCCUGUCUCAAAGGUCCGACUGAUUUAGCUGAAGAGAAAUCCUGGGAGGAGGACCCCUCCCAGCCGAGGCAUUCGAGCUCAUGUCGCUCAACAAUUUCCACUUCAUCCACAGCAUUAAAAACUCUCCGGCUGUCUUCCGAAGGUUCAAGAAGGACAAGACGAAGAGUCUGUCCCACGGUGAUCCGCUGUUCAAGGUGCACUACAUGGGCAUGGAGAAAAUCUACUCGCUGCAGGUGGACCAGACCCGGGAGGUGGUUAACCGCCUGGUGGGUAAGGACGCCUGUAAGACCUGUAAGGACCACGCCUUGGUGGUGAGGCCACGCUAUCUGGAGGUGAAGGAGAUCUCGAGCGGACGGCAGAUCACCAAGACCUACCUCCACGACAUCGCCUACUGCACGGCGGACAUCGGGCACACCAACGUCUUCCUCUACAUCUGCAAGAGCAAAGGGCAGCUCCAGUGUCGCGUGUUCCUCUGUAGCAAUGCAGAGAAAGCCAAGGCCAUCACUGUCUGCUUGGCCAAGUCCUUUGAGACCGCUUUCAGCCAAUGGAAUGAGACCUACAACAGCCAGACACAGCUGGUUCCCUCGUCGGGCACUGACCCCAUCUCUGACCAUCAGGACCAUCCUCACCAUGGCACUGAUAAAGGCAGCUCCUUGAACGAGGAAUCGGAAAUGAACCUUCCACUGGAGAGCGACGAGGAGGCGGAGGUCAGAAUGCACCGGGAGUUUCUCCAGCGGGCAACGUCAUUCCGAACCCCUCACCGCCUGGACACAGGGUACCACGAUGUGGAGGAUCUGACCAGGGAUUCCUCAAUCCAGGAGCUGGCUCAGGGCGAGCAGGAAGGAGACUGACCGCCCGCCCGCUCCCCCACCGGCGUGUUUUACGUUGACUAAUCCUUAACCAGGGGGAGACAAAACAAACAAACUAACUGCCAACAUGGGACGGCAGAUCUUCAAACCGGAGGCUCUUGGUGAUCCCUUUUUUGAAAUACAAGAGCGCGAUGAUUGCAAUUUCUCCCCCAAGGUUUUAAUCAAUACGACAGCUUCGUAAUGAUAGGUCAUGCUCUGAGAAUGUGCCAGCAACACCAGCAGUAAUGCUCAGAGAAGAUACUUUCUUCUCUUUAAUGACCCGUGGCCUUUAUUUUCCAGACCUUUUUAUGUUUAAGACCAGGCUGAGUGUCUCCAUGAGCUUGCCUUGCCUGAACGAAGAGUAUAUUGUGCUUCGGCAAUGAGUUGAUCUCAUUGAAACCGUAGACGAUCCUUUGGAGUGCUAGAGACAGAGGGACUGUUUUCCCUGGACUGGGGAGUGGCGAGUGGGGGGAGUGGGAGGGGUCGCUGGUUUUGAAAUGAGAUGAGAGGAAAUUUCUCCACUCAAAGAGUUGAGCGUGGAAGGAAGUUACCAACGCAGACGGUUCAGUUUUGUUUUGACACUAAGGGUUGGAAGAUGGGCCAUCUGGUGGCUUUGCUGGGGAGAGAUAGAGCUCAACGGGGCCGAAUGGUCUCCUCCUGCUCCUAAUUAAGACAUUACCUGGUGCCCAGUCUGUGCAUUAUACUGUGAAACUAUGAGGGGCCUUAAUAAGUCUGCCUCCAGAACACUAACUCCAUUUGAUUAACGCUCCCCAGACCAGGAGCCUCCAGUUGCUCUGUGUCACUCUUGGACUCAAAGUUCUGGCUAGGGCUAAGACAGAACAGCCCACAGUCAUUAACUUCUAGCAGCAACUGGAACCCCGUUGAAAAUGGAUUUGAAAAUUACCCUGAAGGAAAAGAGAUGUUCACUUUGUUCUGAAUGAUGCCACCAUCAGUCAGGGAGGGAAGUUCAGACCCAGUUUUAUCUUUCAUGGUGUCUGUUGGAAGGAGACUUUCCAGAUCAAAGGCUCACUAACUGCUUUCUCAUCUGCCAUGUGGGUGUUAGCAGCGUAGCCACACGGCAGUUUUGUGGACUUUUUCAUUUAAAAGCGGGAUUGUUUUACAAACAAUUCCAGUAAAAGUUGAAAAUGGAGUUAUUUGCGUCAUGUGGAAUUGUACAAAGUGUUCAUCUAAUUCUCACUUACUACUGUUCCCCUCACUCCCCCCCCCCCCCCCUCCCCAACUCACUCUCAUCGGCUAGUUCGCCUUUUCCCAUUUCCUGUGACAUUGUCCAUCCUCACCUCAGCAAUACCCUUGUCAACAUCUCCGGCUGUCUGUUCUGUCACACUUUUGGACAAACUCCCACCUUGCAGCCUCCUCGUGUGUUCAUCCAAAAAUGAAGGGCUUUUUGCCCGAAGUGUCGAUUCUCCUGCUCCUCGGACCAGCUGCGCUUUUCCAGCACCCCUCUGCGAAACCAGUCUGAGUGUGCACCAUGUCCCAUUCCCCCCAUGACCCCAGCCCUCCCAUUCCUGCUCACUACCCUACACUGGCACCUAGUCCUCAAUGUUCAAACUCCCAACUUUAUUGUCAUAUCCACCCAUGGCCUCCUCACAGACCAGUCUGACCCCCCUGACCCUCCACCUUCCCUUCCCUCUCUCUCUCUCUCUCUCUCUCUCUCUCCCUUUAAACUCCACAACCCUCUGAGAUCUCUGUGCUCCUCCAAGACCCGCCUCCUGACUCUCCUUCAAUUUAAAUCACUCCAGCAUUGGUGGCUGUGCCCUGAAAUCUGGAAAUCCCUCUCCAUCUCUCUCUCUCGUAUAUUAUGAUGUCCUUUCAAACCUCGCUCUCUGACCAAAACUCUGAGUCACCCGUUUUCUCAUUUCCUAAUAUGUAGCUCGGUGUCAACUUUGUCAACCUUUUGUGGGACGUUUUGUCUCGCGGAAGGUGUUAUAUAAAUUUAUGGU